CAGAGCAUUGCCGUGUGAGCCCCGCUCCUCCAGCGGUAAUGCACCGUGCAUGGCCUACUGCAGCUCCAGCUACAACUGGUGGAGGCAAGAAUGACACCGGCGCUCCCCUGCAUCAAGACAACCUGAUCGUAAGGACGGAUCUGUUUUAAUUUCUAUUAUUAAAUACCACAAUGAUGAUGCUUGUAAUUGCACCCUUACGGACACGUUUUAUCGCGGCUGUUUUCACAUUCAUUGCACUAUGGGGAUGUGCGCUCUCCAUCACUCGGUACUCUAUUCCGGAGGAGAUGGAAGAGGGCUCCUUUGUUGCCAAUCUGGCCACAGAUUUGGGUCUGGAUGUUCGCAGUUUGGUGGAGCGCAGAGCCAAGCUCGAUGUCAUUCACAGUAAAAAUUACCUUGACAUUAACAAAGAAACAGGGGAGCUGGUAAUCCGCGAGAAGAUAGACCGGGAGAGCAUAUGCAUGACUAAAACAACCUCGUGCUUUCUGAAAAUGGAUGUCAUACUUGAAAACCCCAUUCGCAUUUUUAAUAUCGAGUUAGAGAUCAUGGACAUCAAUGACAACGCGCCCGUGUUCCGCAGAAAGACAAUGCAUUUGGACAUAUCGGAGGCAACCCCUCCCGGUGAGAGAUUUUCAUUGACAAAUGCUGUGGAUGCGGAUGUGGGGGCAAACUCUAUCAAGACGUACUAUCUCAGCGAAAGCAAAUACUUCAACAUUGAUAUACAAACUGGCAGCGAUGGCUCCAAAUAUGUCGAUUUAGUACUGAACGGUCAAUUGGACCGGGAGGAGCAUUCAAUCCAUAAUUUGAUUUUAACCGCUGUGGAUGGAGGGGUGCCUCCCCGCUCCGGCACAGCCAGCAUCGUUAUUAAUGUCUUGGAUAUCAAUGACAACGCCCCCCAGUUCAGUCAGCCGGUUUAUGCAGUCAACGUCUCAGAGAACUCGGCUGCAGGGACAGUGGUCAUGACCUUAAACGCAACAGACUUGGAUGAAGGCACGAAUGCUCAGUUGAUAUAUUCAUACACGCUGUACACCUCAGAGAAGACUCAAGAGCUUUUCUCACUUGAUCCAAGCUCAGGUGAGAUCAAGGUGAAGGGGGUGAUCGACUAUGAGGAGAGUCAGAGAUUUGAGAUGCACAUACAGGCUCAGGACAGAGGGGCCAACCCGAAGUCUGGACACUGUAAAGUCACUGUGUACGUCACAGAUCUGAAUGAUAACUACCCCGAAGUGACCAUCAAGUCUGUGAAAAGUGCACUGACAGAGGAUGCCUCUGUGGGGACGCUGAUUGCUGUGGUCAGCGUCAGCGACAGGGACUCUGGUGUCAACGGGCAAGUAGAGCUCACUUUGAACCGCCAAGAAUCUUUGCCUUUCCGGCUAAACAAAUCCUCAGAGGGUUACUUUGAGCUGCUGGUUUCAAAGCCACUGGAUAGAGAGAUAAUAAGCAAAUAUGACAUCACACUGAGGGUGACAGACAAAGGGUCACCGCCCCUAUCUGAAAACGAAACCAUCACUUUAGAGAUUCUGGAUGUCAAUGACAAUGCACCCACGUUCCCCCAGUCCUUCUACACAAUCCAUGUGGUGGAGAAUAAUCUCCCAGGGGCAUUAUUGACAUCUCUUAGUGCGUUUGACCCAGAUCUCAAUGAGAACCAGUACUUGGUUUAUUUCAUAAUGGAGAAGGAGAUUGUUAACACGUCUAUGUCAAUGCUGUUCUCCAUCAACCCUGAGAAUGGUGAUCUCUAUGCCCUGAAGACCUUUGACUAUGAGAGAGAGAGGGAUUUCCUUUUCCACAUCGAGGCGAGAGACUCUGGUGUUCCCCCGCUGAGCAGCAACGUGACAGUUCACAUCAUCAUCCUGGACCAAAAUGACAACACUCCUCUCAUUGUGUCACCUUGGCGGGCGCAGGGCUCCGUGGUAGAGGAGGUGAUACCAAGGUCUACGGAUAAGGGGCACUUGAUUGCCAAGGUGAUCGCCAUCGAUGCAGAUUCAGAGCAGAAAGCCAGGGUCACGUAUCAGCUCUUGCAGAUCAGCGACUCAACCCUCUUCAGCCUGGAUCAGUACAACGGUGAAAUCCGGACGACAAGGAUGUUCAGUUACAGAGACCCAAGACAACAGCGGCUGGUGAUUGUGGCCAAAGACAAUGGCCAGCCUGCUCUAUCUGCCACUGUCACCAUCAAGAUAUCAACAGUGGAACAUGUCAUGUCCUUUUCAGAGACCACAGAGCUGCCGCUAGAGUAUGACGUCUUCACAGACCUGAACCUGUACUUAGUCAUCGGUUUAGGGGCUGUGUCAUUCCUGCUCCUGAUAACCAUCUUGGUUAUUAUUGUGCUGAAGUGUCAAAAACCAAAGCCAAAGGCCAUCAAGAUCCCCCCAGCCAACAGAAACAGUGUGAUCAGCAGGAACAGCGUGAUCAGCCAGAGAAGCUCCACCAUCGCAGAUUCCACCCUGAUCUCCAGCGAUGCCUACUGGUACAGUUUGUUCCUUGCAGAGACCAGGAAGGGCAAAGUGGUCGUGAGACAGCCGAUAAUCCCCAAAGGAGCAGGGUAUUUUGUGUCCAGUAUACCCAGGAGCAUAGGGCCGAGUGAGACCACAGACUCCAGAGCAUCCACACUGGAGUACUCAAAAUGAAAGGAAGUCCAUUCUACAACUGGAGCAGGAACCCAGAAGAGAACUGCCAUGAUAUAAUCAUCUCUUCAUGGUAUUCUCUGGCUGGAAUUCUUCCCCAUGACUCACAAAGAAGAUGCAAAACAACUGUCCUCCCUCAGUCCCGCUGCUCCAACUCAUUCUUUCUCUUUAGCUCCUCCAGUCCCCCGUACAAUCAUCGACCACUAAUCACCUCAGCUUUCUACCUGCUUUUCUCUUCUAAGCAUGGAUCUGCAUGAUUCUACAACAUGUUUUAAAUAUUUGGACAUAGACUUUAAAUCAUUUAUGGCAUUUAUAGCAGCAUAUUUGGACAUUUCUAGAGUUGCCUCAUGUAGUAAAUCAUUCCCUCCUUAACGCUUUGAAACUCCUCAGUGGACAAAUUUGCCUUCUCUCCAGGGUUUACGCUGUGUGCUGUAGUUUUAGAAACCAACAGUUAGUCACCUAUAUGUAAGCUGCCAUCGACCUUUUUUAAGCAACAGUUCAAAACACGCCUAUUCACAAAUACACAUAUGAAUCAGGGUGAAUAUGAUACUUCCAUAAGUAAUACUAAAGUGUAGCUGGUUAUGUCAUUGAUUCAGGCUUUGCACUUGGUGUUUAUGUUUUUUGAAUAACCAUUUUUACUGUAUUAUGAGUCUUGCUGUUCAGCAAGGGUCACACUCUCAAUUAGUAACUUGCAGAAAAAAUAAUUGAUCUAAUUUUAGUUUAGUUUUUUUUUUGUUUUACAGUGUUUGUUGUACUCAACAGUGAUGAAUGUGCGAAAAUGAUGAAAAAAGAAUGAAAGAAAACUGUAAAACUGAAAAAAAAAAAAAUAUAGGAGAUACAGUGUUUCUCUUUUUAUUUGAUUGUUGAUACAGUAGUUCUAUAGAAAUUAUAAUGAGGUCAGAGAAACAAAAUGACUUUUGACACCCUCACUGACAUCAGGUGUGCAAUUCAAACCUUAUAGACAUCUGUGCUGUUUUAAAGUAUCUGACUAAACACACAGUUAUCUUGCUGUAUUAACACCCAAGUUGCCAGAAGUAAAGGUUGGCAUUGUACAUUUGUGCAAACCAUGAAUAUGUAACAUUUGAACAUACAGUAUGAGCUGACUUUGUCGUCAUAAGGUGGAGAGGAUGUUGAACUACAUAGAUGAGACACCUGCCAAGCUGCAGACUAUUGUUCAAAACCAACAAAUAACAAACUAGUUGUGUAUUAGGGAGUCACUUCUGUGUUUCCAGUGGCUUUUGAGCAACCAUACAUGGGUGUUUUCUUAUUGCUAUUUUUCCAACAGGGAUACUGCCGCAUUGCUGCUAAAAUAGUGGCCCAAAAAGCAGUCGUUUUUUAACUGAGACACUGCUUCGCUUCCUGCUGCGGUAGUGGCACAAAAAGUAAUU